UUUGGAUUGAUCGUAAUACACUAAAAUUAAACUUAUCCUGUUUUGAGUUCGUUUUAAAAGUUUAGGUGUUAAAAUUGUUGUAUGUUUUGAGUGUUUACUAUGCAGGUUUUAAAAAUUACUGUUGGAACAAAUUGUGCUUUAAAAUAGAAAUUUAUGAAGCUAUUCAAAUUUCAAGGUUUACACAAUUAAAAAUCAUUUGAAAUCGAGUGCUGAUAAGCCGUGAAGAAAACGUUUCCUAGCAAGUGCGUAAGUGUGAUAAAUUUCACCGCAACAGCAGAGUAAAGUGAUUGUGCUACUGUGUGCUUUUGUACGAGAAUCUGGUUGACAGAAGGAAAACUUAGGAAGCUAGUAUGUCAUUUCGAGUAGUGAGAAGCUCAAAAUUUCGGCAUGUGUAUGGUCAGGCACUCAAACGUGAGCAGUGCUACGACAACAUUAGGGUAUCCAAGAGCAGUUGGGAUUCCACAUUCUGUGCCGUCAACCCAAAAUUUCUCGCCAUUAUCGUAGAAUCAGCGGGCGGUGGUGCCUUUAUCGUGCUACCUCAUAAUAAGGUCGGCCGAAUUGCAGCUGAUCAUGCCCUUGUCGGCGGACACAAAGGCCCCGUGUUAGAUAUUGCCUGGUGCCCACACAAUGAUAAUGUCAUCGCCUCUGGUUCUGAGGACUGUGUCGUGAAGGUAUGGCAGAUUCCCGAUGGUGGAUUAUCCCGAACUAUGACUGACCCGGUUGUGGAUUUAGUGUAUCAUCAGCGAAGAGUGGGCUUAGUUCUUUGGCACCCAUCAGCGUUAAACGUACUUUUAACUGCCGGCUCGGAUAACCUUAUAGUCAUUUGGAAUGUUGGAACCGGUGAGGUGCUGGUACGUAUCGAAUGCCAUCCCGACACAAUAUAUAGUGCAUGUUGGAAUUGGGACGGGUCCCAACUUGUAACAACAUGCAAGGAUAAAAAGAUUCGAAUACUCAACCCUCGAUCGGGUGAAAUACUAAACGAAGCACUUGCACAUGAAGGAUCGAAAGCUACACGUGCUAUAUUUUUACGACACGGACUAAUCUUUACAACAGGAUUCAACCGAUCCUCGGAAAGACAGUAUUCUCUACGAGCGCCGGACGCAUUGGGCGAUCCUAUCGUAAUGGUAGAUUUGGAUACAUCAAAUGGUGUAAUGUUUCCUCUAUACGAUCCUGACACAAAUCUUAUCUAUCUCUGCGGAAAAGGUGAUUCCGUUAUCCGCUAUUUCGAGGUUACACCAGAACAGCCUUUUGUGCAUUAUAUUAACCAGUUCCAGACGCCAGAUUCCCAGCGAGCUAUCGGUAUGAUGCCAAAACGAGGAUGUGACGUAGCAACUUGUGAAGUGGCACGAUUCUAUCGACUUAACAAUGGGGGCUUGUGCCAAGUGAUCUCAAUGACAGUGCCUAGAAAAAGCGAGCUUUUCCAAGAGGAUCUUUAUCCGGAUACGCUCGCUGAUGAAGCCUCUAUAUCGGCUGAAGAUUGGAUAUCGGGAGCCGAUGCAGACCCCCAAUUAGUGUCGCUAAAAGAUCAUGUUUUCCUCGAAAAGGGUGGCUACGUAUCGCAGGCUCAAAGCACACAGCUAACGGUGACGAAGAAAUCGAACGUACUAGACAAGAUGCCACCACGUGGACCAAAGAGCUCUCUGCUUCCAGGAGCAACAACGGGAGGAUCCCCUCCGACCGUCACAAGUGCAUCGAAUGGAUCAACAGCCAACGGAACAGCCCCGUCGGCGCCAAGUGCGAACACCGCAGUUAGUCAGCAACCUCCCCAGGUGAUCGUAAGCGGAGUAUCGGAACAAACAUUGAUGGACCUACGAAGCAAGUUUGAGGACGAGUUUCGAAAGUUGAAGGCAAUCAUAGUAAAACAUGAAAACCGCAUCCGUUCAUUGGAAGCCACCAUGAAAGCUAUGGCGGAUCGAACUAACACCGAAACGGAUGGUUCCCUGCUCAUCAUCUCGACGCCGUCUCCCACGAUCGCAGCUAACCAGUCGGGGACCGGCCAUGAUGAUCACCAUGGAGACGGUGGUGGUCACUAUACCAAUGCAAAUCUGGCCCCUGACGAAGUGUGAGUAAGUUUCACUCCAACUUACAAUCAGAACCAGAGAAUCCAAGCAGUGUACUAAAUAGCAAAGCAAGCAAACUCUUCGUAUAAAAUCUAUGAAUGUUCUGUUAAGAGGAAGAGUUAUAUGCACUAAAGCAAAACAAAACGCGAGCGCUCAAACAAAAGUUUAUUUUUUGAAAACUAUUUUUAAAUUUGUACUAAAAACAAAAUUGUGAGAAGGUUAUUUAUUUGUAAUCAUUUUUAUUGCAAACAGAACAAGAAAGAAUUUAUCUUCCAAAACAUAUUAAACGUGAAGAAUGUUGAAACAAUGCCUUGUUGCUUGAAGCUAAACAACAUACUUAAGAUAAAAAAAUGCCUAUAUCUAAUUAAGUGAGCUAAAAAUCAAAAAAUCAACUCAUUGUACAUUUUAUAAUAGAAUCAGGAGAAAAAUA